UCAAUGAUUAACCCAGGGUAUAUUUACUCUGGACGUGCAGAAUUGGAAAGGUGCUUUUGGUCCAGCCUCUGUGCUGAAAACAGCAGCCAGUUUCGUGUUUAUACAACUACUCCCUGCUGUGUCGGUGGCAGGUACCUUAAGACCUCGGACAUUCACCAAGACCUCCAUUUUGCCAAAGGCCUUUGACUUAGACCCUCAUGACGUUCCAAGCCCUGGAGGAGCCCGGCCUUCACUCAGGCUGAGUGGAAGGCCCAUCCCAGAUAAGAGACACAUUCACCUCUACCUCCAGUGACCAGCACUGAUCCACGCCCUCUCCCUACACUCACCUGUGUGCCCCAGCCUCACUCUCUGUGGGAUGGCUUACUUGGCCCACACGGCCCACUACCAGUUCCUGGGUCUGUGUAUGGGCAUAGUGGGCUGGAUCUUGACCUUCUGCAGCGUGGGCAUCAACGAGUGGCGACUCUGGUACGUGUCUGAUGAGUCCGUCAUCACGUCCGGCGUGGCCUGGGUGGGCGUGUUCCGGGCCUGUUUCUACUCCCAUGUGGUCUCCAACAUGGCGGAGCGCUGCACGUUCAUGUCCAUCACGGAUUCCUUCCUGCCCGUGGACGUGGUGGUGACGCAGGUUCUCAUUAUGAGCGCCGUGGCCCUGGGCUUCCUAUCCAACAUGGUGGCCGGCUGCGCUAUGAGGAAGGUGUACUUUGGGCUGGGCAAGCGGCGCAGCGUCCAGAGAGCCUUCUGGGCCGCGGGGGCUCUCUACAUGCUCACGGCCACAAGCGCUUACGUGCCACUGUUCUGGAAUGUGGCGGCGGUGCUGAACAAUCAGACCAUCGGUUUCCCGCCGGAAUACAACUUCCCUCCCGCCCCGACGAGUCAGGGCAUGGGGUCGGGCCUCGGGGUGGGGAUCGGUGCUGCCUCUCUGAUCACCUUAAGCGGACUCCUGUUUCUGACCUACAGGUACCCCAAAAGUGUCCCCCAGGCUGAGGCCCAGGACAGUGUUGAACCGAGCCAGAGCAGCGCACGCCUGGUGGAGACCCAGUCAGAGCCAAGGAAGUCUGUGGGACUCAGGUCCAUCUCAGAGGACAGAGACGAGAGUAACGGCAGUAACAAGGGGGAGGACAACCAAGCCUUUGAACUCCAGGAGAACCCUUGAUCUUUCUGGGAAUGUUGUUGGCAACAUUGGCAACUUUGAGCUACAGGCACAUUGUCAGGAGGCUCUCGGUAGCAAUAGAGAACCCUGUUGGCAGGAGAACUGGCCUGAUCUUCUGAUGUUUAACCCUCACCUCAAGGUAGCAAUGGAGAAUCAUGGUGGCUCUUGCUAUCGCAGGGGUGGGGAACCUACGUAUGUCUUGAGGGCCAGUUACGACCCUUGAAGCCAUCUUAUCCGGCCCCUGAUAUAAUUUCAAUGUUGUGCAGCUUCACAUGAAAUAUGACAUUUUUUGUAAAGGAAUCUUACAAAUUACAUUUGCAAUACAGUUAAGUUAUAUUUCAUGGGACCUUCACUAAAGUUCAGGGGGAAAUCCUGGUUUGUGUUCAAAGUAAGGCCCUUGGAGGACUUUUGGGCUAUGAAAGCUGUGAUUGUUAAAGAAAUCAGACCACUAUUUAACAGUAGGGCUGCACCGGCACAUUCAACGUGCAACACUUGUGAAUUUACUACAAUGUCUACAGAUGUCCUUGAAUGCACUUACAGUUUGGAUGGAUUUGUACUUUCCCAGCACUCCUUGUACCUCUCUCAAUUACAAGUUACAGUUAAUUCUCUGAUGCUUUUUAAUCUAGGGAUUAAUAUGUCUUGGCUGAAAUGUAUUUAUUUUAUUCAUAAAGAAGCCGGAUCACUAAACAGUGGAGGAGAUGAUUUGCAUUGUCAUUCAGUCUCCCAAAGACCACACAAAUUUCCAUUGAUGGAAAUUGAAUACACAUGAGAGGGGAAUAAUGUGGGCCUCUUGAUUGUGUGUUAAUUAAAGUUUUUUUAAUAGCCUGACCCUGGCCUGGAUGUUAACUAAUUAACUACUUGGAAAAGUUUGUACACAUAUAUUAAUUUGCAUGGAAAUAUGUAUUCCUUGCCUUUUGUUCUCUAUUUUAGGACAGUGUCUCCACAGCUAUACUUCUACUUCUCCCACAGCUCAUCAGAUCAGAUAAACUUUACAAUUGCAGAUAAACUUACAGCCUUUAUUGUCACUAUGUAUUGCGAGUUGUCAA